AUGCGGCUCAUCAAUACGGCGACCCUCCAGCUCGAGGAAUUCUUCGAUUCCAACCGCCCUGCGUACGCCAUCCUGUCACAUACGUGGGGAAGCGAUGAGGUCAACUUCCAAGAGUGGCUGGAAUGGCAGGAAGGCAGCGCAAGCCAACGAGCUCGCAUAGAGCUCAAGCGCGGCUUUCAAAAGAUUCAGAACACCUGUCGAACUGCUCGGAGGGAAUCAUACGACUUCGUCUGGGUGGACACAAAUUGCAUCGACAAGAGGAGCAGUGCCGAACUGUCAGAGGCUAUCAACUCCAUGUUCGCAUGGUACCGCGACUCGGCUGUGUGUUUCGUUCUCUUGGAGGAUUACCUGGAUGCGCCAAAGGAAAAUGUCCCGGAAGACGCUUUCGGGACAUGUCGCUGGUUCACGAGAGGAUGGACCCUGCAGGAACUGCUCGCACCUACAGCAAUGCGCUUCUACAACAGAUCUUGGGAAUGCAUCGGCAGUAAGGAUGAACUUAUCGUACCGCUCGAGUUCGCUACAGGUGUUGAGUCUGCUGUGCUUAACCAGACAAAAGGGUUCUCGUCCGCCUGCAUUGCGAAAAGGAUGUCUUGGGCUUCGGAACGCCAGACGACUCGAGUGGAAGACACUGCCUAUUGUCUGUUGGGACUUUUCGGCAUCAAUAUGCCACUUUUAUACGGCGAAGGCAUUGAUGCCUUCCGACGACUUCAGGAAGAGAUCAUGAAAGUCUCCGCAGACCAAAGCAUAUUUGCCUGGGACUGGUCUGACGAUAUGAAAGCUUCCGGUAGAGAUCACUGGGUAUCGAUGCUGGCACCUCAUCCUCGGGCUUUUCGGAACUGCUUCAACAUCGAAAGGCAGAUGGCCCGGAGCGACAACGAGUUCGUGCUGACGAAUCGAGGACUCACCAUCACACCCCUCUUGUUGAAGACGCAAAAUCCCAGUCUGGUUUACGCCGCUCUUGGAUGCACUAGUGCCUCGCGCGGAGGGCUGCGAAAUGUAGUUUGCAUUCCGUUGCAUGUUACGCGCACUGCCUCGGAGAAGGUUUUCUCCAGAGAAGAUCGGCACUUCCUGGCGAAGCUGUUGCUGCCUGCCGAAUACAUGACUAUGCUACCAACCACUAUACGUGUCCCAAGGUUAUCCGAGUUGCGAGAUGUCUCGCAACCUGUUAUGCAGUCAACUCCUUCUCAGAGGAGGGCGUUAUUGCAGACAUUCCGCAAAGAACAAGGGGACCAGGUGCAACACAUGCACGGGUUGGAUUUGGAAAGACUUCACUCACUGGCUACGAUUCGCUCCAUCACAUUCCCUCGUAACCUCACCAGCCAGUACAACGGCUUUUGUGUCAGAGUCUACCCAAGACACGUCACCUCGAGAGUGGCCCUCGUCGUACUCUGGACACAGGACUUCCAGUGGACUCAAGUGUGUUUCACUCCCUGCGGCAGCUUCUGUCUCGACUGCGGGCUCACUAUGGCUCUGCUCAACCCGACCUUCAUUUUCGGCGUCAUUGUCCUCCUCUACCUGUCCUCCUUUAUCCUCUUCGCCGUCGUCCGCAUCCUCACCGGCGUAUCGAUCCAGAGAAUAGGAUACUUCUCCCUCCGCCGCCUUGCUUACACGCCAAGAGAUGGAUUCAAGAUUGAGAUUCGCGGACUCGGGCUUAACGUCCACCGUCCGACCUUCGCCCAGCCGACAUGGCUGAGCGUCGUGGUGAGCGAGCUCGUCGUCACCGUCGAUAUCCGCGAGCUCGAUGGGAAGAAGAUCGACGAUAGUUCCGACGACUCCGACAGUACCGACGCCGAGGAGGAGACCGAUGCUCAGCCGGCGGAACAGCAGAAGGUGCCGUUGAUACGGCGGAAUGGUGGACCUCUACCCCGGAGCGAGACCUGGAAACAUCUCAUGAAGCUCAAGGACAGAAUCAAGAGGGCGCACCGCAAGCUUAACUGGCUCCGUAUGGUCGAUGUCGUCGCUACCAAUUCCACCAUCAAGGUCGUCGAUGUGGGAGAUGUGCAGUUUGGAAGUCUCACCGUGGCCGUCGACACAAGGCGCAAGAUGGUCGACCGCGCCCGUUUCUUUUUCCAGUCUCGGACCGAUAAAAACAAGAACAAGCAGCGCCAGGCAGAAUGGAUAAUGACGCUACGCAGCGUUUUGUUUACACCAGAGGGCAAGGAGUCCCUCGAAGUUCUCGAUAAUGCGACUUUGAACAUUCAUGGGUUUUUGUACGAAGCAUUGGACGGACUACGAGACGCCGCCAUUGCACUAAAACUAGGCCGUGUCCAUAUACCCUACGAUGAUGUGCGGCUAUGCGCCGACCGCUUCAAGGAGUGCAAGUCCGCUUCCCCGUCGCCCCCGCUAGAAGAGCCGGCAGACAUUUUCAUGGAGAAGGUCAUCCACGAGGUCGCCCAGCCGGGUAGCACCCACCAGGAGCUGAUCCAAACCGUGUCCGACUCCAAGGAGUUCAUCAGCUCGAUCCUCAGAGGCGUCAAGGAGGUGCAGUUUGCCGUCAGCUUUGUCGGCUUGACCAAGAAGGUGGAUACGGUGAAGCCGCAUGCCAAGCCCAUCAUGCUGAAUGCCUCCAUGAAGGAGGUCGGUAUUGAUUUGCACCGUCUAGAUCCCAAGUCUCCAUCACACAGGAUGUACUUUCCUUCCAAGGACAUUGCCCACGAGGCCCUUGCUGCCGCGCUGUCCAUAUCUAUUGGCUUGGACGACGGUGACGGAAAGCCGGAGAGACUGCUGUACGUUCCUAUGGCGACAACUACGGUCAAAACGACUUUGCCAUCCAAGACCGUGGAGAUGGCCCAGGACGUCGGCGCAGAGGAGAGAAACGCAAACAUCCUGUUCGCUAAUUCUGUGGUGACGUCUCCUUCGGUGGAUCUCGACCCUCGUCAUCUGCCGCUUCUCGUCGCCAUGCUCCAGCCAAAGCCGCAACGGCGGCGUGGAGAUCGCCAACCACGGCAUGUACUCAUAUCGCGAUUAUUGCCGAAAGCCAACAUCAAGUUCACGAUGCACGAGCCAGUUCUUAGAGUCGCACUCCCGGCGGUCGAUCAAAAUGCGGCUUCUGACGACUUUGACCUAAUUAUUUCUUCUAUUUCAUCAAUUUCACUCGAUAUGGAAUCAUUCCAUUCUACCGUCGAGGACCUCCACUACUCGCUGGCCUCAACAAUGAGGAUUCAGUCCCACGAGUUGUACUACCAAACGUCAUCAAGUAACCGAUUCGACCUUAUCCAGACCGAGUCCUUCGAGCUCAAGGUACAGCUGAGCGCAACACCGGAUGUACACGUUGUGGCAUCGGGCAACCUGCAAACCUUUUCCAUUAAGAUGGUGCGACCCGAAAUCACCGAUGGUCUCAGGCAGAUUGUGCGACAGCUGAGGAUGAACGUGGAGUCCGAGAAACGCUUUUCUUCAAGAACAUCCAGCAAGCAGCAGAACUUCCUGCGCGCAAUGCCCUCUUGGCUGCUUCAAUUCCAGCUCCAAGCAUCUGAUUUCAGUGUCGAAAUUGCUGGCAUUGACGAGGAUAUCUCAGACGACACUCGCGGAGUAUCCUUGCAGCUCGACGAAUUCACUGCCGAGUAUCGUGCACAGCGACUAGACGGACUACAGCGGCGACCAUCACGCAGGCGGGCUAAUAGCCGCACCGUUGCCCCUGAUUCGGACCUCCUUAAGCACCCAGUGUCACCCGCUCCUAGGAAGAAGCAGCAAAACCAGGGAGAUGGACGAAGAGUUGCAAUUCACGUGCGAGGCUUAGAAGCCUAUAUCGUGGAGGCAGAAGAUCGAGUUGAGCUGGAGCCGUUCGUCAAUAUGCCCAGGUUCGAGGUCGCCUUCCAGGCUCUCAGUGAUCAACAAGGACCUGUCUUCCACAUCCACGCCGGAAUGCGCACAGUUCUCUUACAGUAUUCCCUCUUCAGGCAUUAUUCGGUCGGCGUUGCCAUCAUGAUUCUUAAGAAGGCUUUCAUGAGGUCUGGGCAGGAUGUUACCUCACCGGUUCUGUCGCCAACAACACCUCGCAAGGAUGGCAACAGCGACUUCUUGUCCCCUCCGAUGUCACCGGAGUCUCCUUUCCCGGACAUGAGUGACUUCAGCACGCUGACUCCCGAACUCGUGGCGAUUGACAUCAAGGCAGCUCUUGUCCAAGUCAAGGCUGAACUUCCGAACGACCCUCAGGUCAUGCUUCAAGUCUACGGUGUGGAAGCUGGUCGCCACAGGUGGUCAGCACCGUACUUGGUCUCAAAGCUCGUUCGCGUCUAUGUCCAGCCGCCCAGGAUGCGAACCACAUGGGCCAGAAUGGUCAGCAUCAAGGGAGGAAGGGUUGACUACAGAAAAUCUAGGAGGAAGCUACCUAACGGGGAGUUCCAAGAAGACAAAAUGAUUGACAUCAACUCCGAUGCCAUCAGAUUUGCGGUGCCGCACGAGGUUCAGGUCAAUAAGAUUUCCGACAACUUCAACAACACCCUCAAGUCGAUUCAGCAGCUUCAUCACCGCUUCCGAACAGGCACCAACGAAUACAUCCUUGACAAAGCCCCAGGUGGCCCCAAGAACGUACCCAAGGUCUCCGUCCGCACCCGCUCGCUACUAUUCGAGCUGGAAGAUGGCGCUUUCGAAUGGAAGUUGGGCAUGAUUUACCGUGCCGGCAGAGUUGAGCAGAUGCAGCGCCUCGCUCGGGAGCAAGCAUUUGAGGUCAAGAGGAAGAAGGUUCGCGAAGAAGAGUCGAGAAAAGAGUCCGGUAAGUUGCGGGCUCGUUCUCUGUUCCACCGGGGACGUCAGCAAAACGGCGCUUCCUGGGCCAGAAGCCAAAGUGCCGACGGCCGAAGACGCGGUAGCGACGACCGCUCUCGAGGCCGAGCGCCACGAUACGACCCUGACGCUGGCGGACUUGGCAUGACUGGCUCUUCAAAGGUUGCUGAACAAGAGGCACGCGAGAGGUUAGACGCAUAUAAUGCGCAGAGUUGGAAAAAGCGGAUCGAUCGCUUCUACUCAAUGGCGAAGAACGGCAUGAAGGAAAUCCGUGGUCUCUUCUGGGGUCCAGAUCAACUUCCCGACGACUUGGAGGACACCGAAAACAUCCUUGAAGUACCGCAAAGGCCAGCACUCAUGUCUGCCCUCAUCACGGAUCUCCAAUUUGUCAUCGAUAAACCUACAUUCGCCAUGAGCGAAUUGCCAGACUUCAUCCACUCCGUUGGAAAGGGCAUGCCCAAAGACAUGAAAUACGGGCUGCUCGUUCCAAUGCAUGUUUCGAUCGACCUCGGCGAGGCAAGAAUAUCACUGCGCGACUACCCUCUUCCUCUUAUACACAUUCCCAGCCUCAAGGUCGGCCAAUCGACAAGGUUACCCGCAAUGUCUCUCAAGACCAAUUUUGUCAUUGCAGAGGAGUUCCGAGGCAUGGAGUCGACGCGCCGAAUCAGGGUCAACAUUGUGCCUCCCCGAAACCACGGUACAGGUGGCAGCGAGGGCGGAUUCGCCAUCGACGUUCGUCGUACCAUCGGACCAGUCAAAUCUUACUCGAACAUGAAAGUCGAUAUCAACACAGCGUUACCGACAAGAAUUACGUGGGGACCGGCGUACCAGCCAGCUAUACAGGAUAUGAUGAUGGUCAUCGAGUCCUUCACCAAACCGCAAGUCGACCUGUCCGAAAGAGUCGGAUUCUGGGAUAAGAUUCGGUUGAAUUUCCACUCCAGGAUACACGUUGCCUGGAGAGGUGACGGUGACAUGCAUCUUGCGCUCAAGGGCACUCGCGACCCUUACUGCGUGACUGGAAACGGCGCAGGAUUCCUCAUGUGCUGGCGCAACGACGUCAAAUGGAAUAUCAACGCCGACGAUAACCCCAAGCGUUUCAUGACGGUGGAUGCUGGCGAAUACGUACUCGCUAUUCCCGAUUACAGUCAUCAGGUUCGCGAAGCUGCUAGACGGACUGGAGAAGACGACAGUCUCAUGAGCGAAGACAGUUACAAGUCAGGAGCUUCCUUUAAGAAGGUGGUCAUGAAGCUUUCGGGCAAGGUGCAAUGGAUGGCUGGCCUCGUCUUUGAGCGAGCAAUCCAGGACGGACAGCGAAGCUUCGACUUCAGACCUCACUACGACAUUGUCCUCCGAUCGCCUCAGCACGUCAAACCCGAGGACAAACCAUACGAUGCUUUCCGUGGUUUCCGAAGUCAGCACAUUCACCUGUCAAUUGCUGUCAGAGCGCCUGUUGAUCGCGACUGGAUGUCUUCCAACCCCGAGCCGUCAAGAAGUUACAACACCGUCCACUGCACGCCUCGGUUCUUCACCCACUUCUUCGCGUGGUGGUCCCUGUUUGGUGGAGCUAUGGCUUUGCCGAUUCGCCAAGGAUCCCUAUGGCCCGGUCGCGAGAGGAACAGCAAGAAGUUCGGCAAGCAUCUUUCAACAAUCAAGUACAACUUGCUGCUUGCGCCCUUGUUCAUCAGCCACAUCUACAAACAUAAGGACGUUGAAGAUGCUUCUGACAGCGGCGUUUCCGCGACUGGCCUCAAAGUCCGCUUCGACAGCUUCAUGUUGGAUCUCCAUCAGCGCCGUGAAGAGUUCAAUACUCGGGACCGCGGCCGCAAGACUAAGGGGAAGACCAGCGGCAUUAAGAUUCACGCGGCCCAGCUUGACUUGGCAGCGGCAGAUGUGCGGGCAGUCUCGGCGAGCAUUAGAGGCACGACGACAGAAGCCAUCAAGAAGGGUUCUAUUGCCAACAUGAUCGCCAACCAGCACGAGGACGGCGCUGACCUGUCGCGAUUCACCAUUCCUGAUAACGACCUGAGUUGGAUUGACAUGGACGAUUUCGUCGAGUUGGACUGGAUCUUGCCAACGGAGCCGAAUCCCGAUACGAAGAUUUUACCCUUGGCGUAUGCACCGCGCCUGACAUAUUUCAGACAAACCGAUAUUGGCGGCGUGGUGUCCGGCGACCCGGAUCGCAAGAGUCCAUUUGGCGACGAACCGACCCAUUUCUGCAUCAUGAGCCACGAUGAUGAUCCACGAAGAGUGCAGACGCAACUUAUUCAAGAACGACUGGCCCAACUCGAGAUCCAGAUUGAGAACUACGGACGGAACUUGGGCGAAGCUGAGCUCAGAGUUGUGCGUGACGACGGCAAGGAUCCUAAACUGAUUGCCGCGUUUGAGAGCUUGCAACAACAAGGCGCCAUCUUGCAAAAGAAGAAGGUCUAUCUUCAGAACAUGCUCCAGCAAAUGAACAAACCCAAGAACGGCAACCAAUUCUUUAAGCGUGAGGGCGACAGCAAUAACUCAGACGAAUCGAUCGAGCUCGAACAGGACGACUCCUUGACUAUCCCAUCGGGCGCCGAGUUCGAGAGCGACUUCAACAACCGUUUCGUCAUUCACAACCUUCACUUCAAGUGGAACAAUACGCUGCGCAACAUCGUCCUCCGAUACAUCCAUCAAGUCAGUCAGCGCCGGGGUUUCGUCUACUACUUAUCCCGUCCUGCCGUAAAGUUCAUUCUGGACAUUGUGGAAGAGCAGUACAAGGCCAAGCAGAACCCCAAGCCGACCAGCAAGAACAGGACUCCCACCGGCGGCGCGACGAGUGGCUCCUCUCCCGAUCUCGACGCGGCAGAGCGCGAGUUCAAGCACGAUAUUGAGGAUCGCAUCAAGAGAAUUCUUCAAGACGGCAAGAAAUAUGUCGAUGCAGAUGGUGGUAAAGACGGCGACAGCAUACCCAAUGUGCCUACUGAGGACUUGUCAAGCGGCAUCUCGGACGAAUUUACCCCGCAGAACAGCUACCAUGUUCGCCUAAUUGCGCCCCAGAUCCAGCUCCAGAGCGACAAGAACAAGAAGAACGUCGUCAUUCUCACGUCGAAGGGCAUGGAACUGAAGGUCGUCGAAGUCAUGGACAAGAUGAGAAUUUCCGACGUCGUCAGCGGUCUGGUGCAGCGCCGGUUCCUCGUGAACAUGGAUAGUACCCAGUUCUUUGUCACGCACCAGUCCUACUUUUCCGAGAUGGUCACUUCCUACGCCGGAAGUCGCUACGGUACACCGGCCACGUCGUCGUGGCCUCCGUGGGUUCCUAUGGAGGUCAUGUUCGAUUUCGAGACUGAUCCGUUUGGGUUCAAUCGCGUUGUUCAGAAGACGUCUGCGAUGCUCCGAUACGACAAGUACAAUACUCUGCGUCUGAAGUACAACGACGAGGUCAACACCGAAGGGUCCAACGAUUCGUCUCAGCCCAACACCGAGCGCAAGAUGGACAAUCUCUGGGUCGAAUUCCCCCAAGCCAGAGCCCUUUGCAACUCUGGAGACUACUACGCCAUGUACGUCAUCGUCUUGGACCUGCUGAUGUACAACGAACCCCUCGAAAAGACCCGGACCGAGCGUCUGGAGAAGAUCAUGCUGGCCUCAGACUUCAGUGACCUCAGCGGCACGCCUGAGAUGGUGGAGAAAUUACAAGAACGCAUUCGAUCUUUGCAGGAUAUCAAGUCGCACUUCCAGAUCUACUCCAAGUACAUGGAUCAAAAAGGCUGGGAAGAUCGACUUCUACUCGAGCGCGACUUGGCGGCAUGCGAGGACGAACUGUUCUUUAUGAUGAAGGCUAUCACAUCAUCCCAACGCAGAUACGAGACGGCAUCGGAGAGCAAUGCUCUGCUGCGGUGGAGCAUCACAGCGCGCGAUACGGUUUGGCAUAUGCUCCGCGACAACAAGGAACCCCUUGUCGAAUUACAGCUCAAAGAUGUCGAGUACGACCGAACUGACAACGCUGACGGGUCGCACAUCAACCUCAUCAGGGUCGGAAAGGUCUUCGGCCUGAACCUCCUGCCUGACGCCAUGUACCCCGAGAUCAUUGCGCCGUAUGUUGAUAGUGAGAAGAGCGCGGCCGACUUGGGCAACCAGGAGAUGAUUCGGGUCUACUGGUACAUGCUCGAAGCUAUUGCCGGCAUCCCCGUCAUGGAUCAUUUCGAAGUCAAUUUAUUCCCGAUGAAGGUUCAGCUAGAGCGCGAAGUGGGCAAGCGGAUAUUCGAGUACAUCUUCCCUGGCAUCGAUGGCGGCGAAAAGACCGACGCCAAGAACAACUCACCCUUCAUGUUAAAGCACACGCCCACGGAUGAAGAUGAGGAAGAUGACGACUCCAUGUCCGGCUCCGGUCGUCUCACUGUCAGCGACAAGGAUGGUUUCAACACGAGGCCUGGCUCACUCGAGUUGCGCCUGCAUCCGACGCUAAACUCGGACUCCCCGUCCAAGUCGAUUGGCAGCACACCUAAGAAGGGUCUCACAGUCAACACCGGGGAAGGCCACUCGUUCCGUCUCUUCCGGUCGAUAGGCACAGGCAAGACAGCUGCCAAGAAGCCCUCGUACGAGUCCCUCAAGUCAACCGCCAACGUACCUCGCCCUGGUGUCGGCCGGACCUCGACAGGUUUCUCGUCCAAAGAAGGCUCAGUUGCGAGUGACAGCAAAAAGUCCCGCUUCGGACUGCGCAAGGAAUCGAAAGCGGAGGAAACGAAGCCAUCUGACGACCUCACUAAGAUGAUGUCGCGAGCUAGCAACUAUAUGACUUUUGCGCAUAUCAAGAUGCCCUCCGUGGUGUUGUGUCUGAGCUACAAGGGCAAAGACAAUCGCAAUGUCGAAGACGUCCACGACUUUGUCUUCCGCAUGCCUGCGGUCGAGUGGCGCAACAAGACAUGGUCGAACUUGGACCUUGCGCUUGCCCUGAAGAAGGCCGUCAUCAAAGCUCUCAUCUCACAUACGGGUGCGAUCAUCGGCAACAAGUUCAAGCACCGGCCCAGCACCGCCCAGACCAGCAAGUUGCGAGAGUUGGCCAGCGGUUCCUCGCUCAUCGCUCCCUCGUCAUCUUCCCAGCAUGACGCUGAUAGCAUCAACAAUAGCGACGACUCGUCCAGCUUGUACGGCAACUCGCCCGUCGACUAUUCACGUUCGCCUCCACGGUCGGUCCACGGCAGCUCGGCCAGCAGCAUUCCGAUUCCGCGAUCUACGAGUAGGAGCUCUAGCGUCGCUUCACAGCGAACGGGCGGAUCUAGCAACCCCCAACCUGCUGUACCGAGCUUCUUGAUGAUGACGCCACCGACGCCGCAAGACAGUAGGAGCCCCCAAGGCGUUGGCAUAGAACUCCUCCGGCCAUCAUCUAGGAGUAGCCUCUCUCCCUUUGACCAGUCCGGCGGCGGGACGAUUAGAUCGCUCUCGAGAUCGGGUGGGACAGGCGUGGAGCCGGAAGGCCGUCGUAAGUCGGCUGGUAGUGGAUUCCUUCGCGACAAACUCAACGCGUUCACGCAUCGCAAACGGGAGCAGACUCAAAAGGAGCCGAGUCACCUGCAGAGAGAAGAGACGCCGGAGAGAGAUGAGGAUGCCGAGACCCCGCCUCAGGAAAGUCCGAACUCGAAGAAGAGGUUCGCAGGGCUGGGCAGUCGAGUCAAGACGGGAUAG